GUCAAUAAUUUAAUUUAAGCGCAGGUGUUCGUGCGUGUUGAUGUCACGCAAGGGUGAAAGCUCAAGCUCAAAUGAGCUCUUCACCGGCCAUUGGGUCGGGCAGUCACCGUCCAAACACCGUUUCCCUUUCACACAGCGACUCUGAAGCUUUAUUAGAGGCCGAGGCAGCCAAAGGAUUACCGCCUGUUGUCCACCCGUACGCAUACCACUCGCCCUUAGAAGUCAGCGAUCAUCUACCGGCAGGGGUAGGUGAACAGGACGUAAUAGGCGAUCCAUCAGAAACAUUGACUACGCCAAAUACUCAGAAAGUGCAAACAACAAGGCCUGAGUCUGCCCCAUCAGAACACAGUGAAGCCAGUGUGAGCUGCAUAAAUGUACUACCACCUCCUUGGUCAGCACGGGUGGCACCAUCUGAAGAUAAAAAACUAAUAAAUUCCUCAGACAACCAAGAGAAUCGAGAGCCGAUAGAUUCACCAGAAGGUACAGCGUCGGUGCUGUCUUCUUCCGCGGGCACCAUGCCCCGCAGCGACGGUGGGCUGGACCGUGAAGACACGGUGGAGAUGCGCGAAUACCGCAGACGUCAGGAAAAUGGCGAUCCGCCUGACAAGCCGCGGUAUGCACCCAGCUGGCCGACCCCAGAGGAGCUCGAUGAAGCUGAAGGACUUGGGAGAGGUUUGAAAACUUCCGACAGUACUGAAGAUCUCAGUAAUCUCAUCAGUAUUCAUCAGGCUGCCCGUGAUGGAGCAACUGAACUUAUGAGUCGCUAUCUGGAGCAGAUAGGCUCCAACAAACGACGGCGCGUCAACAAACUAGACGAGAACAACCUGAGUGCACUUCAUUAUGCAGCUCGCUACAACCAUGAAGAGAUUGUUAAGCUGCUCAUUAAGCACCAUGCAGAUCCCCAGUGUAAGGGUGAAGAUAACACCACGCCCAUGCACCAUGCUGCACGUUGCAAACGUUCCUCUACCAAGGCAUCACCGACCGGCUCUGGAGAUGACGAUGACGAUGACAAUGAUGAUAUGUCAGGAGGUGUCAUCUCCUAUCUGGAGGCUGAAGGAGCAGACGUCAAUGCGCAAGACAUCUACGGACAGACACCGCUGCAUUUUGCUGCCAUGAGAGGAAAUGACAUCGCCACCAAGGAACUGCUCAGCUCCGAGAAAAUCAAGUUUGAAGCUACUGACAAACAGUUAAUGACCCCUUUGCACAUGGCCUGCACCCACGGCCACCUGGUGAUUACCAAGAUGCUGAUUCAGCAAGGUGCCAUGCUGCGGUGCCUGGACGAGGAGGGCAACACCCCACUGCUGAAGGCCUGCAUGGAGGGCCACGUGGACAUUGUCCAGUUGCUGUUUGAGGCCGGUGAGGAGAAAAAUAUCCUGGAACAGAUGUUAACUGAUGCUGACUAUGACCAAAAUACACCGUUGCACGUAGCAGUUGAAAGUGGCAAACAACAGAUUGUUCAGAUGUGUCUUGAAAAAGGUGCCAACAUGAACAUAUUUGACAAGCAACGCAACACGCCCCUUCACAUCGCUGCAGCAGCUGGCCAUUUGGACAUUGUCAAGAUGCUGUUGAGUAAGACAGCUAACGUGGACUCACUCAAUGCUGACCGGGCAACCCCUCUACAUCGUGCCUGUGCAUUCAAUCGCGAGGAGGUUGUGGAGUACCUGCUAAAGAGUGGUGCAAGGAUUGAGCGAAGAGACAAGGACAACUUUACCCCGCUGCUGAUUGCUGCCAGCAAUGGACACAGUGCAACCAUUUCUGUGCUCCUUAAGUACGGUGCAAACAUUCGUGCUGUGGACAAACAUGAAAAGAGCUCCAUCUACUGGGCUGCCCAAGAAAAUGAAGUCCAAGCGUUGAAGGUUUUGUUGGACCACCGCAAGCACAAAGCGAAGAAGUUGUUGAUGGCGAGUGAUCGCUACAACAACACACCACUGCAUGUAGCUGCUGAGAAUGGCUUCAUCAACGUCAUCAAGAUCUUACUGGAUCAUGGAGCUAAUCUGGAAGCUAAGAAUGAAGAAGAGCAGACUGCAUUGCAUCUGGCUGCCCAGCAUGGACGAGUCCAUACCUUGAAAGAACUUGUCCGUCAGGACUUGACAGGGAUCAACGAUGAGGACGAAAACUCCAAUACCCCAUUGCAUCUGGCCGCUUCAGAGGGGCACGCUAAAUGCGUCCUGGCCUUGAUUGAUGCGGGAGCUGAUAUUGAAGCAAGGAACCAGUCACUGUGGACUCCACUGGACUGCUCGGCAGCCAGUGGCUGGGUGAAGUGUGCCACUGCUCUGCUUGAGAAUGAUAGCCCCAUAGACCCAACUGACAAAGCCAAGACAACGCCACUCCAUUUGGCCUCCAAGAACGGCCAUGUUGACAUGGUGAAGCUGCUGUGUGAGAGAGGAGCCGAUCUCUCUCUCAAAGAUGAAAGCGACUAUAACUGUCUGGAUCAUGCUAUCGACAAAGGACAUGAAGAUGUGGCCCGUGCCAUCAUAGCCCACAAGCAUUGGCAGCAUGCCAUGUACUCAGUAAGCCGUGACAAAUUCACCAAGAUGAGAUCCACCCCUAUGCGGAAAUUGAUCAAGAAGAUGCCAGAUGUUGCAAUAGCAGUUUUCAACCGAUGCGUAAGUGAGAACGACUACCCGCCCGAGCACAAACGUUACUGCAUCACCUUCGACUAUGAGCUGCUGGAUGACAUGUUCUCCAAAUGGGAUGAUAACAGUCCAGACAAUGUUUCCGAGGUUUCAGGAAAUUCUGAUGACAACAGCCCAUUUUUGGAGAAUGGAAAUCUUUCCCCAACCGCUGUACCUUAUUCGUCCAGCUCCAAAAUGCUGAGAGUCAACCACCCCCUGACCAUAAUGGUGAAAUCCAAACGGGACGACUUGCUGGGCCACCCUCUGGUCACCAGCCUCAUGCAGCACAAGUGGGACAGUUACGGCCGAUUCUUCUACUACUCAUCACUGCUGUUCUAUGCUCUCUUCCUGGUGUUCCUCACCGGCUACGUUGUGACCAACCCCCCAUCAUUCUACUACAAGGUGAAUUCCACUGAUGGUACCUUUGAGUGGAUGGCUGAUGGUCAGCAACGCUGGGAACGAGACUUCAGCUCUGCUACUCACUUCCUCUUUGGAAAUGUUGGACACUGGGUCAUCAUUGUUUUGUCGGCAGUUAACAUUUUGAAAGAGCUGGGCCAACUGUUCCAUCAGAAACUCAACUACAUUGGCUGGGUGAAUCUGCUGGAGUGGGCCAUAUACGUGCUGUCCAUUCUUUUUGUGUUACCAUUGUCUGGUGUGUACUACCCCUAUGGCACCAGCACCACCGAUUGUAGCACCUCAUCAGAUACAAAUUGCAUCAUGCUGCGAUUGGACUGGCAGUGGCAAAUAGGGGCAGUGGCCGUGUUCUUGGCCUGGAUCAACCUGAUUCUGUUCCUGAGGAAGUUUCCACAGUUUGGCAUUUACAUCGUCAUGUUCACAGGUAAGCCUGACCCCAGAAGUUAGCUCAUUGCUGACAGUGGAUGCCUGACCCCAGAAGUCAGCUCAUUGCUGACAGUGGAUGCCUGACCCCAGAAGUCAGCUCAUUGCUGACAGUGGAUGCCUGACCCUAGAAGUCAGCUCAUUGCUGACAGUGGAUGCCUGACCCUAGAAGUCAGCUCAUUGCCGACAGUGGAUGCCUGACCCCAGAAGUCAGGUCAUUGCUGACAGUGGAUGCCUGACCCUAGAAGUCAGCUCAUUGCUGACAGUGGAUGCCUGACCCUAGAAGUCAGCUCAUUGCUGACAGUGGAUGCCUGACCCCAGAAGUCAGCUCAUUGCUGACAGUGGAUGCCUGACCCCUGAAGUCAGCUUAUUGCUGACAGUGGAUGUCUGACCCCAGAAGUCAGCUCAUUGCUGACAGUGGAUGCCUGACCCCAGAAGUCAGCUCAUUGCUGACAGUGGAUGCCUGACCCCAGAAGUCAGCUCAUUGCUGACAGUGGACCCAAGAAGUCAGCUCACUGCUGACAGUGGAUGCCUGA